CCUGAUCCCUCGUCACAUGGUUUGUCAUUACCGUGCCGAGCACAGGCCAUUCCUCGGGCUGCCAUCUGAAAUUCAAAUGGACGUGUGGAGGAGGCACGGCAGAACGGAGUCACGGGGGACCUUCCUUUACUCGGAAGCAGUAACACAGGAGGGAAAAUAAACAUAAGGAAGGAGGAGGAAGCGGCUGCUAUGAGCGCGAGACGUCUGUUGGUCAUGGAAGAAGUUUUUGGGACACUUCGCUUCUUGGGAUCGCUUCUCUUUUAGUAUAUUAGGACAUACGAAGUGGGAAAAUAAAUGAACGCCGGAGUUCUCCAUGAAAUUGUAGCCCCUCUGGCAAACAACUGCCACACCUUUGUCAUCAGUGUAACAGGUUUUCUACACAACUGUCCAGAUGGGUUGCAGUUGCUGUAGGAUGAUAAAAAGUUACAUCUAUGACCCCUCAGUCCCUGUAGAAGUUCCUGGUCGGAAGCGGGACCCCACCAGCAGCUCUCUUUAUCAAUCUCACCGAUUUCCAGAGGAGGCAGACCACAUUCACAAGAAGCAGGGCUUCCACAACCUAGCAUACAGCACCCAUCCCAGCCCGGCCAAACUCGACAUCGACAACAACCACAUCAACCGGCUCCAUGCUAACAUUCCAGGUGAGCAGAUCCAAUCGAGCCCAGCGGAGGGUGACCCAAGUCUUUACAUCCUCCAGCCCCAGGAUGAGGGGACGCCCACCUUGCGUGCCAAUCUGCCCAUACAGAGUGAGUCAUUGUUGGGAACGGAUCCGGGCAAGCGAGAGGACAGAUUCCGAGACUCUGGGUUGGGCGGCGGAGGCAUAACAGACGGGACAGAGGGAUCGGAUGGAUACCCCUAUGGACAGGAAGAUGAAGACGAGGACAGGAAGAGCAGGCUAGCCAGUACUCCAGACACGGCCGAUGAGGAGAGUGUGCUGUCUGUAGACAUGCAUACCAGCAGUACUAGUCUCUCCUCAGCAGACACAAAACUCAUGAUAGAGGACAGAGAAAAGGAAGAGCCCUCAAUCGAGAGAGGAGAGCAAGAGAGAGAGAAAGAGAUGGAUUGUGUGAGCGUCACAGACUCAAUGGUAGCAGAGGCCUUGGCAGCUCUGGAUGCGGCGACUGCGGGAGAGGAUUCGGAGUGACGUCACUACAUGGGAGAUUUCCAUACUCACUCUCUUGCUCACCCUCUAUAUUUGAAUACAGCCAAAUAAUAGCGCUCAUGAAGCUUUCCUGCAGACAGUGUGUAGUAGCUUUUAUUUUGAAUGGAAAAAAAUCAAAUGAAGCCUUGAUAACAGGAACUGCUGCUUGUUUAUACAACAAAAACGAACCACUAAUGAGACUUACUUGAGCAAAUGAAGCUCAUGGACAAACUCAAUUCUCAGCCUAAACUGAAGGACUGUUGCGUGAUUUUCCUCAGUGCUGUUGUGUACACAGCAUCGUAAUGAAAUAAGCUCCAUUUCUUAUCGUCAAAUAUUAUUUCUGCUCCAUAACAUAACGAAAGUACUCGUCUUCUGUAGCAACUGUUUGGACGUGGGGCUAAAUCAUUCAUAAUUAUCGUCAUACAUUUUCUAUACAAAGAGGUGGUGAAAAACAAAUAAGCCAGUGUCCUGGUGUGGGGUUACUUCUGUGCUUAAUGCACUUUUAGAAACGUUGUAUGAUUAUAUGAUCGAACUGCUUAAUACAGUGAAAUCAAGUUCAUUCAAUCUCAACAGAUCAAUAUGCUAUUUCUUGCUUGUUGUUGUUACACUGUGAAUACAUCGAUACCCUCCCAGAGCUUUAGGAUGACAUGCGCUUUAUUUUUACACAUAAAUAUACAGCAAUAAUUGUGGGUGAAUCUCAUGAAAACAUCUUUCAACCAAAAAUAAAAAGUGAAAUUAUGUUUUGCAUAGAAUGCAUGUUUAUUCUAUAUUGUAGAUAUAGUAGUUAAUUUUUAAAUUAAAUAUUUAAAUGUAUAAUUAAAUUUUUACAUUACAGUAAAGUUAAUUUGAAGGAGAAAUGCUUAAUGCAAAGCAUCUUUAUGGUACAAUGGUAGCUUCGUGUAUGCAAAACAUGAUUUCUUUUUUCUUUAGAUUUUGAAAUACGAUCCAUUCAUGAGAUUUAUCCUUAUAUAUUUAUGUUGUCAUUGCACUUUGUACAUUUUGAAAGCAGUAGCGUGUUGAAGAAUCAGGCCAGUGAUGAUAGUUGAUGCUCUAUGCUCCAGUCCUGGUUAACUAUCAGAGGCCUGAUGAAGAGAACCCUGCUAAUUUAGCUGUACCGUAUGACACUCAUCUCAUGCAGACAUUUCUAUACAUUAGUAAAGAAAACAUUUUCAGAAAAAUGAAUGUAACCUCCUUAUACAAGAAAUUAUUCUUUUUUUUUCUUCUUCUUCUUUAUGAAGGUCAUUGAGUAUUUCCAAAUGUUUUACCAAGUAUGCAUCAGUUCGUACUUUAUGUAUUGGUCAGAAUCAUUUCUUUUAAACCUGUUAAUGAGUAAAUGUUAUUGACAGGAACUGAUUUUCUAAUACAUUAAGUGCACAUUCACAGUGAAUACGCUGUUUAUAUUGCAUUCUUUCUGCUUUUACCAGAGGACAGAAUUGUCACAUGAACCAGGGGAAAAUAAAAACAAUGUGCUUGAU